AUGGUUCAUGGUGGUAUCCCAUCAAAUUUUCCAGUCCCCCGAGUUACGACUGGUUAUGUUCUUGACCUUAGUGAUUCAAAGUAUAUGCAGGAUGGAAAACAGAUUCCACUGGAUCAAUUGAUUCAGGACGAGUCACAGGAGUACUGGAAUAUUACAUGGGAUAAGAAUUCCAAAACUGCUAUCUGA